UAGAAGAAACGGUUAAUCCAACAGCUUUAUUAACAGAAUCAAAACCGUAUCAUUGUUUUAGCUGGAAAGUUUCGGCAUUUCAACAAUAUUUAAAUAAUUGUAAAUUUGGUGAUAAAUUUUAUAGUUCAAGAUUUUGGCAUCCAAACCCAAUAUCAUUUAAAGGCAAUAAAUUAAGGGAUGCUAACGAGUAUAUUUCAUUAUAUUUAGAAGCUAUACAAACACCCUACGAAAAUCAAAAUCUCAUAGAUACAAGAUAUGCCAGAUUCAAAUUAUCAAUUGAAAUGAUGGAAAUAUCUGAUGAUUUCACAAAAACAAAGUUGAUAAAAUUAAAAACUGAUACAGAGAUAUUAGAACAUAAAUUUAUUUUUAACAGCGAUGAUGACUUUGGAUAUUCGAAAUUCUACUCAAUCAAGAAUUUCAAGAGGGAAUGGAAAGAAUCGAAUUCUGAAACAAUAAAAAUUCAUAGCUUUAAAUAUGAAACAUUUCGAGCUAUUUUGUUUUACAUUUAUUCAGGAAAGUUGGUUGAUACGCAAGAUCUUGAAUUGUUGAAGGAUGUUUAUGUUAAAGCUGAAAUGAUGGGUUUGGAUGGAUUGUUGAAGUUGUUGGUAAACAAGUUUAGUGAGAUUAUAGAUGAGGAUAAUUGGGAUGAUAUCCUGAUAUUAGGGCAAAGAACUAGUAAUAAACCAUUAAAAAAUAUCGUAAUGACUUUUCUAGUAUUAAAUUUUCAAAAAGUUGCCAUAUAA